UUCCUCGACACGACUCCCAGUGGGCAAGUACACUCUCCCGCUCGACUCGAGCGCACGAGCGAUGAGAGCUCUCGCCUCGCCCACCGCCUCCUUCCUCCCGGGGAUCCCGAGCCCUAGCCCUCGCGCGCGCGGGGCUCUCCGUUCCGCGCCGGCCGCGCUCUCGCGGGCCCCUUCCGGGCGCUCCGUCGCCGCCUCGGCCGCGGCCGCCACAGGGGACCACUGGGGCGCCGACCACCAGCACUACCACGGAGGACGCGCGGGCGCGUCGGAGGCCGGGUCCCCCGCGUCGGCGCGCGGCGUCAAGUGCGACGUCGACGUGGUGUCGUGGCGGGAGCGGCGGGUGCUCGCGUCCGUGCCUGUGGCCGCCGACGUCGACACCCUCUGGCAGGUCAUCACCGACUACGAGCGCCUCGCCGACUUCAUCCCCAACCUCGUCCAGAGUGGGACGAUUCCGUGCCCGCAUGAAGGGCGGAUAUGGCUGGAGCAGAGAGGCCUGCAGCAAGCGUUGUACUGGCACAUUGAGGCGCGUGUCGUGUUGGAUCUCCAGGAAAUCCAUGACUCCAUUAAUGGGCGAGAACUCCAUUUCUCGAUGGUAGAUGGUGACUUCAAGAAGUUUGAAGGAAAAUGGUCCAUAAGAUCUGGUCCAAGGUCCUCUAGUGCAGUUUUGCUGUAUGAAGUUAAUGUGAUACCAAGAUUUAACUUCCCGGCUAUAUUUCUUGAAAAGAUUAUAAGGUCAGAUCUUCCUGUAAAUCUUGGUGCCUUGGCUUGUAGAGCUGAAAAGAUUUAUCUGGAAAAUCAAAGUUGUGGUUCGAGAAAAUUCUCUGUUGAGGACUUGAAGCCAUCAUCUACUUCUUCUCAGCUUGAUAACUUCCGUAGUAGGACAGUUGAUACUUCUUCUAGUAAAUUUAAAGAAGCACCUCCCACUUCUGGUGUUAACAGUGUGCUUCCAUCACCUGCUUCUGAAUUGAUUAGCAAAUGGGGUGUAUAUGGAAAUGUAUGCAGAAUUGAUAGGCCUUGCGUGGUAGAUGAGAUCCAUCUUCGAAGAUUUGAUGGCAUGUUGGAACAUGAGGGGGCUCAUAGGUGUGUUUUUGCUAGUAUCACUGUGAAAGCACCAGUUCGGGAGGUAUGGAAUGUUCUCACAGCAUAUGAGAAUUUGCCCGAAUUCGUACCAAACCUGGCUAUCAGUAGGAUUGUUCUUCGUGAUAAUAACAAGGUCCGCAUAAUGCAGGAGGGUUGCAAAGGCCUGCUGUAUAUGGUCCUUCAUGCCCGUGUUGUUAUGGAUCUUCGUGAAAAAUUUGAGCAAGAGAUCAGGUUUGAACAAGUUGAGGGUGAUUUUUACUCGUUUAAAGGGAAAUGGCGCUUAGAACAACUUGGGGAUCAGCACACCCUGUUGAAGUACAUGGUUGAGACUAAGAUGCAUAGGGACACCUUUCUCUCUGAGUCUAUCCUUGAAGAGGUCAUAUAUGAAGAUCUUCCAUCAAACUUGUGUGCAAUCCGUGAUUAUAUUGAAAAGGCUGGAGCCAAGGGUAGCAACUCCACAGCUCAUUCUGAUGUGUCCAUAGACCCAGAUGCUUAUCAUGCUGAAAGCAGGCAAUCUGAGCAAGCAUCUGUGUCUUGCUCAUCCAGUACCAUGAAGCAGAGACCAAAAGUCCCAGGGUUGCAAAAGGACAUUGAGGUCCUAAAAUCAGAGCUUGAGAAUUUCAUUGCAGAAUAUGGUCAGUAUGGUUUCAUGCCUAAGAGAAAGCAUCUCCGGUCUCAUGGAAGGGUGGAUAUCGAGAAGGCAAUAACACGAAUGGGUGGGUUCCGGAAGAUUGCCAGCAUAAUGAACCUUUCUCUUUCUUACAAAAAUCGAAAACCAAGAGGCUAUUGGGAUAAUCUGGAGAACUUGCAAGAAGAGAUCAGCCGGUUCCAGAAAAGUUGGGGGAUGGAUCCUUCUUAUAUGCCAAGUAGAAAAUCUUUUGAGAGGGCAGGUCGUUACGACAUUGCUCGGGCAUUGGAAAAAUGGGGUGGGGUGCAGGAGGUUUCACGCCUUCUCUCUCUUAAACUAAGACGUCCUAGAAGGCAAGGCGACUUGGAUGACGAGAGCCGGUCUGAAUCCCCAUCUGAGAUGACAAAGAAGCACGGGGUGAAACCUGAUAAAGGCAAUGUUUCCCCAGAUGCCCAGAAAUGGCUCCUGAAGCUGAAGGAUUUGGAUGUCAACUGGGUGGAAUACUAGAUUAGCUUUGAACAAAAGAUAUGGUCUCUCAUUAUUAGCUCAACUCUUUCCCUUCUUCGGAGGUGAUCUGGAAGCAUUCCGACAAAAGACCCCGCAAAUUGUGUACAGAAAAGUGCGAUACACCGGCCAACCCUGAAGGCAAGCCACCAGCAGGCAACAGGUUUUCUUGUGUCAGUAAUCACGACUCUUGGCUACUGCGUAUCUAGAACUGUUGACAAUACUAACAGCUUUGUUGCGGUCAAAUUGAUCCGUGGAUUUGACAAAGUCUAGCCACUAAACGCAGAACGGGUGUGCAAUUUCGUGUUUGAGUCAGCCUUGCCUUUCAAAGCAGGUGGUCAUCGCUGGGUUAAACUGUGGUGUUGACACUUCACAGUUUGGUCGCCUACUUUGUUAGUGAUGAUGUAAGUUGACCUGGCCCUUUUGUUUUGACACGGAAAAGAGAAGGUUACCAUCCAGUAGCAGUUUCAGUCGGCACGUUUUACAUUACAUUA